AUGGACGACCCGGAAUUCGAUACGCAGACCGAUCUCCAGACGCAGAGCAUAUUGCUCGCCGCUGCGAACCACGACACCGCCUCCCUCCGCAACCUCCUGCGCAACUCUUCCGCAAACGUUCAAGAUUCCGAGACUGGUUUUACGCCUCUGCACGCCGCGAUCGCUGCCUGUGAGCCCGACGAAGACGAUGCGAAACAAGUCAACGGAAACACAAAUGGGGAAGCAGCAGAUGGGACGGACGAAUCGAAGAACGAAAUGGACAGCGCUGUAAAGACCAUCAAGUUUCUUUUCGAGAACGGUGCGAUAUGGAACGACUUGGAUUCCAAUGGCGAGACGCCGGGAUGCAUCGCGCAUCGAUUGGGCCUCAAGGAGCUAUACGAGCUCUGUGUCGACGCAGGCGUGCGCGCAGAAAUGCUGUUGAGUCGCAUGGAGCAAUACCAGCUUCUCGGAGACGAUGAUUCAGAGGAAGAGGACGAAGACGAGGAGGAAGAUGAGGUCGAAGAGGUGGCUGAGGGCGUUGAGGUAGUGGACAUCAGCCAGGAAGAAGCGCAAGGCGAUGAAUCAACCGAGAACCCAAACUAUCUCUCCUCCAAGCUCACAUUCGACCGCGACCGAUUACUGGACGAUUCCUCGAAUGGAGUCAUGAUGGAGUGGGAGACAACACUUAUGCGCAGAUCUGCGGAACUACUGGUGCCGACAGAAGGGCUUCGCGUUCUGAACGUCGGUCAUGGAAUGGGUAUCAUCGACGGUAUUCUGCAAGAGAAGAAGCCAAAGGCUCAUCACAUCAUCGAGGCACACCCAGAUGUCAUCAAGCGCAUGAAAGAGCAAGGAUGGCACGAGAAGCCGGGAGUCGUCAUCCACGAAGGCCGCUGGCAGGAUAUUGUACCAGGUCUUAUCGAAAAGGGCGAGCUAUUCGACGCGAUCUACUUCGAUACCUUCGCCGAGGAAUACAAAGCACUACGCGAGUUCUUCACCGAACAUGUCAUUGGGCUUCUUGAUCCUGCUGGUGGUUCCGACGGCGAAGGAGGCAAGUUUGGCUUCUUCAACGGCAUGGGAGCAGAUCGCCAGAUUGUCUAUGAUGUUUACAACAAGAUUGUUGAAUUUGAUCUCUUUGAGGCUGGGUUUGAUACGGAAUGGGAAACGGUUCCUGUACCAAAUCUAGAUGAGAAGGGUGAAUGGGAGGGUGUGAGGCGGAAGUACUGGGUACUCAAUGAGUACAAACUUCCAACAUGCAGUUUCAUCGGUUAA